AAUAAAGAAAAUGGCUGAUCCGGUGGUUCUUGGCGGCUGGAUCAGUUUUGCCUGUGUUGUGUUGCUGACUCUCAUAUUCUCAGCACUUUAUAUUAGACUUCACAGAAGUAAAACAGACAGUGAGCGGAGCUCUACAAUUACUUCAGUGCUAGCUGUAGCAGUGGCAUUGUUGACCUCUGCCUUAGUGCCCGUAGACAUUUUUCUGGUAGCUUUUAUGAAAGAUCCAGAUGGAAAAUUCAAGGAGUGGGCAGAGUCCAAUGUUACCAGGCAGGAAGUGGAGACAUCAGUACUAUACACCUAUUAUACCAUGUAUGCACUGAUCACAUUCUUCCUGUUCUUUGCCCUACCAUUUGUAUAUUUUUACUAUGAAGAGAAAGAAGAUGAGAAUCCCGGUAAAAAGCGUUUCUGCUCUGCAUUCCUGUACACUUUGGUGUUCCUGUUCAUAGCAGGAGUGCUGUUGUUAGUGGGAGCUUUUGCUCCAGUGAAGACUGCACCUGAUGCCAAUCUGACAGAAUGGAAACGGUUGGAGUUCCUAUUCAAGGAUUUAGCAACAAACGAUGGAGAAGAUGCCUUGUCAUUUCUCAUCUGUUCACUGACACUGAUUGGUCUGCUUGGACUCAUGAUAUACACUGCUUAUGGUAUGACAGCCUGGCCAGUGAACCUCAUCCGAGGGACCCGUGGGGCUAGUACUGAGCUGUCAGAGGUUUCAAUGAAUAGGGCAAGAAGGAGUGAUCAAAUUGAAGCUAUAAGAAACAAGUAUGGUGCAGGGCGCCGCAUUUCUGCUAGGGACAGGCGUCAGAUAGAAUCUCUUGAAGAUGAGGAGCACCUGCUGGAAAGACAAGAGCGCCAUCUGCAGGCAGAGGCCAACAACUGUUGUAGCAAAUGCCUUAAGAUUCUCCGCCCACUGGAGAUGAUUGCAGGAAUUGUAUUCUUUUUGGUGGCAUUGUUGAUUUUCCUGUCUCUGCUGCUCACUAACAUAGACAAAGCAAUGCAUUCCUAUGGGUGGAGAAUGGGAUAUGCACUGCCACACAGAACGUUACCAAACCCACUGGAUAUUGUACUGGUCUUUUCACAGCAGGUUUUCCCACUAGAUUACAUUUUGAUGGCAGGUGUCAUUAUGUACUUUUUCUUCUGCUCUAUGGCUGGAAUUCACGAUAUUGGAAUCUGGUUCUUCUGGAUAAAGAUGUACAAGAUUCGGCCUAGAAAAACCAGACCCCAGGGUCUUCUCAUGAUGUGUUUUCUAUUGAUGUUGAUUGUGUUGGCUACCAAUGUGAUCAUAUAUGAGCUGACACCACAGUACUCAAUGUAUGGCAGCCAGCAUUAUGUGGCAAAUUCUACCAAGGUCACUAUGUGCAGUACCAGUGCACCUGAAGGUGACUGUGUGAUGACAAGGUUCACCACAUUGUUGACCAGAUUCUUCUACAAGGUCUGGUUCUUUGGAGCCUGCUACUACUGGGCAGGAUGGGUGUUCCUAGCUGUGAUACCGCUGUCAUUUGUGAUCUCCUUGUGCAGAAGAAGGAAAUCUUCCAUCAAUGGGCAGGUUGAGGAGGAUGACUUUGAUAGUGAUGAAGAACUCUUGUCAGCCUGAGAUCAAAUUAAAAGAGGAAAACGCUUUCUUCUAACAACAUUUAAA